AUGCUUUCUGCAGUAAUACAGACGAGUGCACUCAGUCUGCACUCUUGUCUCCUACAUGUUACAUUGAGUCUGUUGCUUCUAAGUAAGAUUACCGUCACAACAGCCGGCGAUGAACAGCCAAGUGUUCGUGAAGCUCGAUCUGUGGCAAAUCAAGCUCCGGUUCAACCAGUAGACUGUGUUUUAUCAGAGUGGAGCUCAUGGUCACGCUGCGAUACCUGUCAGAAAAAGAAAUACCGCUUCGCUAAACUCAUCCAGCCUUCUCAGUUUGGAGGGGAGCCAUGCAAUUUUCAUGGCAGGGAGGAAGAAGCCUGCACUGUUCCAGCACGCUACACAUGUGACAAUGUUCCACUGUGUGAAGGCUUUCUCUGCACACAAACAGGUCGCUGUAUUCAUCGAACUCUGCAGUGUAAUGGUGAAGAUGACUGUGGAGACAUGUCAGAUGAAGUGGGCUGUAAGAGGGUUCAGAAGCCCUGCAGGGAGGAGGCUGAAGAGUACUGGGGAAUUGAGAACCUUGCCAAGGGAAUCAACAUCUUGAACGGUAACCUGGAGGGAGUGGUGCUUGAUAACAGAUACUACGCUGGCAGCUGUUUGCCACAUUACAUCCAGGAUGUCAAAUUCAGGAAGCCGUACAACCUGCAACAGUACACUCUACAGACGAGAGGCUCAUAUGACUUCACCGUGGAUGCAUUUGAGUCAUACUCUGACUACAUGGAGAACACGUUGAAGGAACGCUGGUCCAAAACCACAGUCAGCUUUGGGUUUUCCCUUCCAGGUGUCUUUGAAUUUUCCUACAACAGAAACGAAAACAAAUAUUCUAAAUCAGUAAAGAAGAUUCACCGUUACUCCGGCAGGACUUACAGCUUUGUGAGGGCCAAGGCAGAGCUGGAGUUAGCCCAGUACAUGCUGAAAUCUGAUGAUCUGAUGCUUCACCCUGAGUUUCUGCAGCGUCUGCGUUCGCUGCCACUGUCUUAUGUUUAUGGAGAAUACAGACAGAUUUACAAAGACUACGGCACCCAUUACAUUACAGAGGCAGCUCUGGGAGGAGACUACGAACACACAAUCAUCCUGAACAAAGAGAAGCUCCAGAGAGCAGAUUAUUCUUUGGAGGACUACAAGUCGUGUGUGCAGUCGGGCCUGAAGGUUGGCGUCAACAUAAACGGUGUUUAUGUCAGCGGAGGCUUCAACAUAGGAGGCUGUGACGGCCUCUUAAAUGAGAUGGGAGAGGACACGGCACGCGGCAGCAUGGUGGAAGACUUUGUUGCUGUUGUAAGGGGUGGAAAUAGUGAAUCCAUCAGUGCACUUAUGGCCAAAAAGCUUCCCACUCCAGAGCUGAUGAGACUGUGGGGCGAUGGAGUCCAUUUCAAUCCUGACUUCAUCAGAAAAACAACAAAGCCGCUGUAUGAGCUAGUGACCUCCAGAGACUUCGCUCAUGCUGACAGCCUGAAGAGGAACCUGAAGAGAGCUUUGUUGGAGUAUCUGGCAGAAGCGAGCCCAUGUCAGUGUGCUCCAUGCCACAACAAUGGAGUCGCCGUUCUAAGAGGCACCAGAUGUGACUGUGUGUGUCCGGUUGGAUACAGUGGAAAAGGCUGUGAGAUCACAAACAGGCCAGCAGGUGUUGGUGUUGAUGGUGGCUGGAGCUGCUGGGGUGAAUGGUCGUCCUGA